AGUUAGUUUAAGUUAGAAUGUGAGUAUGUGUUUGCUUGUGUGUAGUUAGCCUGCUAGCUGGCGGUGUCUGUACGCGUAGAUUACAACACUGAGCCCGCCGCUUCAGGUAGGGCAUUUGUAGGAAGAUGGCGACGGACAAACCUAAACAUGAAGGCAGGGUGAAAAUAGGACAUUAUAUUCUCGGAGACACGCUAGGAGUAGGAACAUUUGGGAAAGUUAAAGUGGGUCAGCAUGAGCUGACAAAGCACCAAGUAGCUGUAAAGAUCCUCAACAGGCAGAAGAUCCGCAGCCUGGAUGUUGUAGGCAAAAUUCGUCGCGAGAUCCAGAACCUCAAGCUCUUCCGGCACCCACAUAUAAUUAAACUAUAUCAGGUGAUUUGCACACCGACAGACAUAUUUAUGGUUAUGGAAUAUGUAUCUGGGGGAGAGCUUUUUGACUACAUCUGCAAAAAUGGAAAGCUGGAUGAGAAGGAGAGCCGGCGUCUGUUCCAGCAGAUCAUCUCGGCUGUGGACUACUGUCACAGACACAUGGUGGUGCACCGGGACCUCAAGCCUGAGAAUGUCUUGCUGGAUGCUCACAUGAACGCCAAGAUCGCUGACUUUGGACUGUCGAAUAUGAUGUCAGACGGCGAGUUUCUGCGGACAAGUUGUGGCUCCCCUAAUUAUGCGGCUCCUGAAGUCAUCUCGGGCAGGCUGUAUGCAGGACCUGAGGUGGACAUCUGGAGUAGUGGGGUGAUCCUGUAUGCGUUGCUGUGUGGGACGCUGCCCUUCGAUGACGACCAUGUGCCGACACUCUUCAAGAAGAUCUGUGAUGGCAUCUUCUUCACGCCACAGUACCUGAACCCGGCCGUGAUCAGCCUCCUCAAACACAUGCUGCAGGUGGACCCCAUGAAGAGAGCCACCAUUAAAGAGAUCCGGCAAGAUGAGUGGUUUAAGGAGGACCUUCCAAAAUAUCUGUUCCCAGAGGAUGCUUCUUACAGCACCACAAUGAUUGAUGAAGAAGCAUUGAAGGAGGUGUGUGAGAAGUUUGAAUGCACUGAAGAGGAGGUGCUGAACUGCCUUUACAGCCAUAAUCACCAGGACCCAUUAGCUGUAGCCUACCACCUGAUCAUAGACAACCGACGCAUAAUGAGCGAGGCCAGAGACUUCUACCUGGCCACCAGCCCCCCUGACACCUUCCUGGAUGACCUGCCGGCGCACCACGCUAUUAGACCUCACCCGGAGCGCGUGCCCUUCCUGGUGGCAGAGGCUCAGCCACGGCCCCGCCACACCCUCGACGAGCUCAACCCACAGAAGUCCAAGCAUCUGGGCGUGCGACGUGCCAAGUGGCACCUGGGCAUCCGCAGCCAGAGCAGGCCCAACGACAUCAUGAGCGAGGUGUGUCGUGCCAUGAAGCAGCUGGACUAUGAGUGGAAGGUGGUUAACCCCUAUUACCUGCGAGUGCGGAGGAAGAACCCAGUGACGGGCAUGCAGACCAAGAUGAGUCUGCAGCUCUACCAGGUGGACAGCAGGACCUACCUUCUUGACUUCCGGAGCAUAGACGAUGAUGUCGUGGAGACAAAGUCCGGCACCGCCACCCCUCACCGCUCUGGCUCUGUGGGGAACUACCGGACUGCCCUAAAGAAUGACAAGAAUGAGCGGUCUGAGGGUGAGGACGGGGUAAAGGGUGAAGGCUCGGCGCCCUCCACACCGCCAGUGCCAGGUGGCAGGCACGGCGACAGCUCCCUGGCGUCCUCACUCACCUCCUCUGUGGACUCGACGGUGGGGGAGUCUUGCCCGCCCCGGCCAGGCAGCCACACCAUCGAGUUCUUCGAGAUGUGCGCCAACCUCAUCAAACUGCUGGCACGAUAACUCCCAGCUCCUCUGGCACCUUGCCUCUCUCUCUCUCUCUCUCCCUCUUCCCCACUCUCUCACCCCCCUACCUCCCCUUUGUAGUGUCUUGUACCUCUGACACAGCCGUUUCCCUCCAUUUUACUGUCUCACUCUCCUUUUCUCUCUCUGUCUCUCUCACCCUCUUUCUCAGAGUGUCUUUAGAGCAAUAAGCAUGCCAACAGAAGACUCAAGGCGCCAUGCAUCCCACGCACGUGAGCAAGCUAACUGUCCUGUGGCACUGUGAUGGUCAGUUUUUCUGCUCAUUUGAUUGGUCGGUGGGGAGGUUGAAGGGUGAGAUUUGGCACGAGAGUGUGAUUGGGUUGGUUUUCAUGCCACAGGCAAGAAGGGCAAACAAUUGCUAAGCCACUUUAUAGAAACAAUAAUCUUUUAGAGAUGGUUUUACAAUUCUUUAUUGAUGGGUUUAACAGCCCCUGGGUUCCUAACCGAGAGUAAGGCAAGGCAGUGUCUGCUUUUCAAUGUUGGAGUUAAACACUGAGCUAGCUGUACUGUACACAGUGGCACCAUGAUGAGGGGGUGAAUGAGGCAGAAAGCAUGUUUGCACAGGUUUUUCUUCACAUUUCUGCUGGCCAACAUUAAAAUAAGCAAGCAAUUACAGACAGAGGCCAUGCUAAUGGGAGGGGCUAACUCAAUGAGCUGGCAUCUCAAAAAGGAAUGAGUGGGCCAAUCUGAGGAAGUGCAAUGACCCUGCCUCAGCCAUUUGAUACGUUUUCAUAGUGGGUUUUUUCUGUUUUUGUUUUGUUUUUUUAAAUUACAACAUUCACUGAUUUUUAAAAAAAACAACAACUAGGUUCUAAUGUUUUCUCCGAUGUAAUAUGCUAGCAUUUCUUUCCAUUGCUCACAAUUUUACAUAUAUAAAUAUAAGUAUAUACAGAAUAAAAAUACAUUUGGAUAUAUUUAUCAGUUCUUUAAAUGCGACGGUAGUUUAUAUUGAAAUAAUGAUUAAUGGACUGAGAUUUUUUAAGUGGUGUUGAUUAUUUUGCUGUAUGUUUUAUUCACACAUUGCUCUCCAUUUUUUUUUGUAACAUUGCAUUUCUUUUACAAAAGCGUUACAAAAACAAUUAUGCUUUAAAAAUAAUUGCAAGAGAGAUUGACUGAAUUCAGCUUGUGUUCACUUUCUGACAAAAGGCCCUGAAGACCAAAAUAUGUCUUAAAGAGGUAAACUGAUAGAAUUGUGUUCUGUGAUAGAACUGAAUGGACUUUCAUUUUUGUGAUGUAACUGCUGUGAAGUGCUGUUUAAAGUAUUAGCACUGAAUUGAAAUCAAGACACCCAUCAGUUAUUUUAAUCAUUUCUGUAAACGAUAUGUCUCCCCAGGGAGUGGCAGUGAUAAGUGAACAAUAGAUGCCCUUAAAGAUUGAAUUUUGUGUAUGUGGGUGACCUUACAGGAGAAUGUGCCCCAGAUGUUUAAAUUCAAUUUGAUUUUAAAAAUUUUGCGUCUAAUAUAUGGUUUCGGUUAACUGGCUCAAAUUCAGAAAGUACUAAUGUCCUUUUAAAUGUCCUGUUGGCAAAAGUCUGGGUUUCCCUUGGUGGUCAUAUACUGUCAGAACAAAAGUUGUCAUUGCAAAAGUUAGCUAAUCGUACCUGCUUGGACUAAAGAAAAGUUCUGUAUUUACUUGAUCAUGACUGUGAAUGCUUUUUUCAUUUUCUUUUUUCAUUGAAAUUGAAAGGGCAUUCCAUCUUUAUCUGAAUUCUGAAUGUCCUAAUAAGAAAUGCAUUUCUAUUAAAAUAUUAAGCUUGGACCUAGGGAUGGGCAAUGCACCAACCAGCCAACAACGCACACAUACAGAAAUGUCAUUCAUGCCGAAAAGUCUUUAUGUUUCGCUUUAGUUACUGACGUGGUAGUCUAUAAAGCACAAAAAAGACACUUGCAGUUUUCCCCUAGACUGUUAUAGCCUAUUCAAACAGCCCUACCUGAUAUACAAAAUAAUACAACACCAUAUGGACCAGCAGUUUUGGCCACCCAUUACUACUACCUGAAGAGUUGGCAUGAAAUGCAAUGCAUUCAAAGCCUGAUAUAAAAUGAUAGUAAUUAAAUGCAAUUAAAUGUGUUUAGCAGGUCAAAGAAAAAGUAUUCUAGUCUCUCCUGUUAACAUCUCACAAGGUUCACUUAAAACGUCUUAAAUUCUGUGUAGUUACUCAAGCAUUGCAUAAGCUUAAAGGGAAUUUUAACUCAAAUAACCCCUUGUUUUUUUUAAAUUAAGUAUUUGGAUUGUAUUAACCAUGGGAAAUCUUAUGUUUAAUUAGAAAAUGAACAGGGACCCAUAAUUUGUCAGUGACCUGAAAGAGGGCAUUUUGUCAACUCCAAUCUUAUGGUUUAUGAGGCUACAGUGGUACUGUUUAACAGCACUUUCUAUAUGAGUGCACGAUUGACACCAAGGAUCUUAGAUGUUAGCUGUUCUUACCAUCAAACUAAUUUACAAGUCAUUGCACAUGUUUGUCUUGUUCAAACAAAGAAAACUCAUUAAAUUGUGCGGUCCAUAUGACAGACCAUGAGAUGUGAUGACUUUUUUGAAAAUACUUUCCCCCAUGCAUUUAUCAUUGAAUUCAUAUCUCCAACAAACUUUCCCACCAAAUUGCUGUUAAAUUGUAGCUUUUGCACUGAAAAUCAGUGGUGAUAAACCCAAGGAGGCCUCUGACCAAAGACAUAAAUUGAGAAUUAUGACACGCACCAUUAUGAUGAUGAGGAUGAUGAUUAUUUGAUGAUGAUUUUUAACAUCAUAGUCUUUAGGUCUUUGUUUUUGCAAAGGGAAAAUCAUUAAACUGGCGGUGUGUUGGCUAAAGAAGUGACCGGCUUGGUGUCUAUCUGUAUGGCCUGUGGUCCCUGAUGUAGCACAUUUCUAUCACCUCCCUCAGGUGGAGAAUGUUAAGUGUCUGUGUCUUAACUGCUUCAGCAAAACCUUGUUGAAAAUAUAAGUUUGUGAAAGGGACCCAGUUUUCGAGGUUGGCUAAUGUCAAUUUCCUGAUCGUGUUUAAACGUUUUACACACAAAUGCCUAAUAAACUGCUAAGUGGCACUGA